UUACUUGCAUUAAAUUUAUUUUUAAUAUAAUUUAUUUAAAACCUAUUGAGUGGAUUUCUUAAAGUUUUAUCUUUGGGAUGUGAGAAAAAUGUGUGAUUGCAACGAGUUUUUACAUCUCCUUGCAUCUUAUGAAGCAAGACUUACAAGUAAUGAUUCCAAACACUUAGCAUUACUUAAAAGUGAAAUAGAAAUUAUAUUUGGCUAUACACAAUCUUGGCCACAAAGGCAAUGCAUGUGCAUAUACCGCGAUCAAAAGAACUUUGAAAGGUUUAAUUUAGUGAUUCAGUCCAUGAUAUGUUUUUCAGUAUACAAUCUUAAAAAACUACAAUCCAAGGAUUCCAAUUCUUCAGAUGAAGAGAAUCGUAAAAAGGAGGAAUUUUGUUAUAUGAAACAUGAAGAAAAGUGGAUUUUACCAGAAGUCGAAAAACUUUUAGUAUUAGUGUCCAAAACAUUUUUAUUAAACUUUCCCUUAUAUAUUGCAUACAAACAUGGUGUGCAUUCGCGUCUCGAUGAAAUUAGUACUGAAGAAGCUCAAAAUUUGAGUACAUUUUGUGAUUUGCAUGAUAAUGAGAUUCCAGCAUUUUUGUUAAGAAAUGUUGCAUUGUUUUGCAACAGUGGUGGGUUUCAAGCUAUGAUGUUGUGUUUUGAACAAUCAAAUUUGCCAGUAACAACAGCCCAUGCUAUUACUGCAACAGUUUCAAAUAUAAAACUGUGGUUAAAUUACCGUUGCAUUCUACAGUUAUUUUUACCUUUACGUAGUAGUGUCUUGCAUUACAUGUGUAAGUUAUCAGAUCAAGAUUUAAGAUCACCUGCUACACGUUCAAUGGCUGAUUUUGUAUGGUCUGCAAUUAGAGAUCCACUAGAUUCUUCAAUUAAUUUUGAUGUUGAAGGUCUUGCCUUGGCUUAUAAAUACUUUACUUCAAGUACUUUGACAAUGAGAUUAGCAGGAAUGGCUCAAAUAAAUGCUCAUAUUAAUUUGUUUAAUGAAAUUUGCACAACGGAAACAGUUGGUGAAGUUGAAGUAGUUGGACAAAAAUUGGGUGACUGGUUAACUGAAAAUCAAAUAAUACAACAUUUAUUUGGACCAAAUCUGCAUGUUGAAGUUAUUAAACAAUCCCAUAUAGUUCUUAAUUUUUUGGCUGUUGAGAAUCAAAUAACUGAGGACCAUAUCAAUUUAAUAUGGCAAGCAGCACAACUCAAACACUGUUCAAAACCGGUAUAUGAUAUUCUUCCAUCAUUAGUUAAAAAUUUAGCGCCCCGACCUGCAAUGCAUUUAUAUUCACUGUUGUGUCGUCUUGACCCGAAAGAACAUACUGAGCAAAGUAUUUAUAUCAUAUCAGCGUUAACAAAGUUAAUUUGGUCGCGUGACGGUGUCAGAUCUCAACUUGAUUUGCCAACUGAUAACCUAGCGCAGAAUACUGUAGUUGCAAUUAGUUCCGAAAAUAGUGUUAGUAUUGACGGCAGUAAUACCGAAGAAGAUCAACAAGAUGAUGAUAGCUCUUCAGUUAGUCAUAAAAGUCACAUGGAUUUAGAAGGAAAUGAUUGCUCCGAUUUUGGGGCACCCCCUUGCAAACAAGCAAGACGGAAACAUCAUGGUUGCUCUAAUGCUGAAGAAAUAAAUAAAGCAAAACAACAUAUUGCGGAAGAAAUAGCUAAUGUGAAAGCAAAAAAUUCAUCUCCAAUUCAGUUAAAAGGAAGACGUCUCUCUAAUUUGGAAGAAAACACAAGUAGUGAUGAAGAUUGUGUUCAGGCUGAGGAUGUUGCAAGAAAAAAAAUACGUAAACGUCGAAAAAACAACAAUGCACAUCUCACUCGUUUAGCUCAUGAAUUCGUUGAAGCAAUAUGGGAUGCAGAAUCUCAUAGCGAUGGAGAAGUCGGCAUAGUAGACUCAGAUUGCAGUGAUCCAUCCCAAAUACAACGAGUUUUAAGUAUUCACAAUGCUCCAGACGGUCCUUUUAUACGAGCUAUUGCUGAUACUCAUCUAAACGAAUUAUUAAGUGGUGGAGAAAAUGAUGAAAGCUAUUCAUCGCCAAUGAGUAACAAAUCUGAAAAGAAUAUGGCAGACUUUGAUGAUGAUGAUUCUCCUUGUGAGGAGGAAUUAGCUCAACUAGUUAGCAAGAAUCACAAUUGUUUACCAUCAUUUACAAUGCCUAUCGCAAUUCGAGAUAAUCCAAAUGGCAGUGGUAGUAGUACAAGUGGUGCUACUGGCAAUAAUAUAACUGGAAAUUCAAGUGGUGCUACUCAUGACGAAUCAAAUAGUGAUAAAAAUCGAAAUAGAAAUAGAAAAAAUACCCCUACAUCAGGAGCCAAAAUUGAAGAAAUUAAUGCAGUCCCUGCAAAUGCUGCAAAUACAUCAGGAAUUAGUUCAGUAACUUCGAAAGAAGAAAAUGUUCCAAUAUUUAAAAUUAUGGAUGUUUGCAAACCAGGAAACACCUUAUUGUGGGACCUACUUCAAGAUGAUAAAAUUGGUCAACUUGGAGAGUCAUUAGCUAUGGAAGCAGAAAAGGCUUUAGGUGCUUUGUUGUGUUUCAGUAUGAAUAAGUUAUUACGUACUAAGUUUAUUGAAGGUUGUUUACAAAAUUUAGCUGCAAAUCGUACUGUUAUAGUUAGUUUACGUUUAUUACCAAAAUUGUUUGCAUCAUUUCAACAAUUUCGCUCUUCGGACACACAUCAGUUGACGAUGUGGGCUGAAAGGCAGCAUAAGAUGAUGUUUCACUUUUUUAAUAAUAUAAAAUUUUAUGCUAAUUCAAUGAAAAACAAUAAUGAGGGACAAGUUCUAAAAGAAAACGGUCAGCCAAUGUAUUCUCAUAUAACACAAGUUCAAGUUAGACUGCAGUUUUUAACAUCUCUAUUUAGUUGUCUUGGAUCGCCGAAAUCAUUUAGAUUAAGUUUAGAACAAGUUGACGCUUUAUGGGAUUGGUUAGCAAAUGAUAUAGAAUGCGCCGAUUGUUUAUUUGCAUGGUUACAAGUUCAAGCAAAAGGCAUUGAGCAACAUGCUCUCGGCAUAGAAACAUUACAACACUUAUAUUUAAAAAAAUUGCCAGAACUAAAACCAGAAGGAAUUUCUAUGGUAGCUUUAGGUUUAUUUCAGCAAUUAUGUAGUUUAGCACGCCUAGCUAUAGCGCAUUAUGAGAAACAAUCUGGUGUAGGUGCGGAUGAAUCAACUGCUUCGGCUGCUAAUAUUGUUGGCAUGAAUCACCUGUGGAAAAUAGCUUUAAGAGCUCACAACACGGAAGUAUCACUAGCGGCAAUUCAGUAUAUUAAUUCUUUUUAUAUGGGACAGCAAUUAAAGCUAGAAAAAGAAUUUGUUGCACAAUGUAUGGAUCAUUUAAUUCAAGCAGCUGAAGACUUAAAAGCCUCAGAUAAUCAAGACCAUGCUCUUAUGUGUGUCCAAAGAGCUUUAAUGCUGUUAAAUACACAUUUGGAAACAUUUAGAAGAAGAUAUGCUUUUCAUUUAAGGCGUUGGGCUCUCGAAGGUAAAGGGAUUGGUUCUCAUAGUAACUUGAGAAAUGAAGGAUCCGGACCACCAAUAAGGAUAAUUUUGCAACCAGCUGGAUUAUCUGAAAAAUCUGUGUUGCAUAUGCACGCGUGUGAUUUAAUUGCCGAGCUUAAGGCAGAAAUUUCUAAGUGGUGGGAAACAUUGCAAGGUGGAGCAAAAACUGCUGGCGUGUCAGCUCCGGUCUUAGGUUUAUUACUUAGCGAAGGGCCGCUUAGAAUUAUAACUCAAGGUCAAGAGUUAACUUCAGAGUAUGAUGAAAGGAGUUUGGGUGAUGUUGGUUUUAAGGACAACCAGAUCAUAUACGUUUCCCUUGGUGGAAGAGGAGCUCGCCGAAAGGAACCACUCGAUCAUCCAACAUUACAACCACCUCCACCAAAGGAAUGUCUACCAACCGUUUUACUAUUGCAACCAAAAUACUUAGAAGAAUUAUUUCGUUUGAUGCAAACUUUAGGUGACAUGAAAAUGCAAGGAAAAUGUACAAAUUUCCAACCUCACAUAAAAGCACAAAUUUUAUCCCGUCGAAUUUGGGAUAUACUUGCAAUUCUUCCAACAGACCCAAAUUUAUUAGAAUCUUUUAAAAAUUUACAUAAGGAUUUACAGGCUGUGCAAACAAUUCGCGGCGAAGGUAAUAUGUCUACGGAUUAUGUCGACCUAGAUUCUUCAAGCUGUGAAUCUGAUGAUAAAAAUCCCGGUGAUCGCUUAAAACAAAAAAUUGCGGAACUAUUAGAUCCAAAUAAUUUACAAAAAUUUAUGUACUCGCUAUAUAUCGUAGAAACCUUAGCUUUGAAAACAAAACAACAGCAAGGAUGUUGUGGAAAUUCGGCAGGAAAUAAUGAACAUUCAAGUUUCAAAUUAAUACAACCUAAAAUUGUUCAACGUGGCAGUAAUUCUGGAUCUGCUAAAACGAAGAGGACCCUUAAAAAGUCAUCGUCAGAUGAAGCUGAAAAAUCAGGUGAAGAUCAAAAGAAAAAAUCUUCAAGUGAUGAUAAAAUUGAUAGUAUUGAAAAAAAGGAAAACAAAGGUUGUUCUACGUUAAAAGAUUCGGAAGAUGAGUCAAUCAAAGAUUCUUCUAUCAAUAAAAUUACUCAGGAAGAAAAUAAAGAAAAUGUGAAUAUCGAUUUGGGAGAGUCGUCGUCCAUAGAAUUCAAGGAAGAAACUCAUAGUCGGCUUCGUUGGAAUGAAGUUUUCAUUAAAUGUGGUGGAAUGCAACAUUUAUUCGAUAUAUUUAUUUCGGGGCUUUUGCAAAAUAGUUAUCAUUCUGAAGAUAAAUAUAACGAAUGGCGUCACGAUUGUUUAGCUAGUUUACUUAGAAUUAUUUGUAUUUUGGGAUUUGAAGAACUUAAACCGGAUGAUAUGCUGUUAGUUAUACCAAAACCCCAUUCAUUUAUGCUAGAAAUGAUGGAGGUAGACGGAACACUAAAACGUCUCGCAUCUAUUUUGCAUGAUGAGUCUGCUCAUCAACAUAGUUUGAAUCAAUUGCAAUUAAGAACUGGUUUUUGGGGUCGAGCCCAAGUAGUUCAAUUUGUAAUGAAUAUUUUAGUUAGUUUUGUUCAUGCAUCAAAAUUAGCUAGAGAACUAUUAUGGUCCAAGCAAGAGUACUCGGGAUGGUUGCAAAAAUUUAUUUUAGAUGAUCCUGAACCUGCAGUUCGACGUGAAAUUUGUGCCGGGGUUUACCGUAUUUGUUUGGGUAACUCAAAAACUUUUCCAGAUUUAUUAGGACCUCUUUUGCAAAAAUUGGUCUCGUAUUUGCCUAUCGCGGAAAAAAUGACCUCACAUUGUUAUUCCGGAUCUGCAGCCCAACAUAUUGUUUCUGCUCAUCACGAAGAAGGAAAAGAGCCGUAUGGUCCAGCUUGCCGCGAUUAUUUUUGGUUACUUUCUAGGCUUGUAGACACAUUGUCACCCGAUAUGAUAAAAGAAUGUUUCGACGAUUCUUCACAUAAUUCUUUAGAUAUUGAACGGCUUUGUUGCAAUUUAACCAAAAGUAUUCUUGAUAGGGAUUUUUAUGAAACUCGACAUGGUUUACAAGAUGAUGGUUUAGUGGGACUUCUAAAUUUAAUGACAAAUUUAAUAAAAUAUGAUCCCCCAUAUAAAUACAGCCAACAGGCGCAAACAUUUAUAGAUAAGAUUUUUUUAUUUUUAUUUGAUUUACCAUCACCCGCAGAUCGUCAAAAACCAAAAUGCAAGUCACAAGCCUCUCGAGCUGCUGCUUAUGAUUUACUUGUAGAACUAUGUAAGAACGCUCCACAUAAUUAUCAAAUAUUGCAUAAAAAGCUAUUGGAACAACAUCGUCCUGGACCACAUCCGCCAUACCCUUGGGAUUAUUGGCCUCGUGAUGAUGGACGCAGUGAAUGUGGCUAUGUAGGUUUAACAAAUUUAGGUGCAACUUGUUAUAUGGCUUCAUGUGUUCAGCAUCUUUAUAUGAUGCCCCAAGCCCGUAGAGCUAUUUUAAGCGUUCCACCACAAAUGGCAAAAAAACAUGCUCCAACAUUACAUGAAUUACAACGAAUGUUUGCUUACUUAUUAGAAUCAGAACGAAAAUCGUAUAAUCCAAGAUCCUUUUGUCGUGUAUAUCAAAUGGACCAUCAACCAUUAAACACCGGUGAACAAAAAGAUAUGGCGGAAUUUUUCAUAGAUUUAGUUUCUAAAUUGGAAGAAAUGACGCCAGAGCUAAAAACACUUGUUAAAAAAUUAUUUUCUGGUACUCAAAGCAAUAAUGUGGUUUCGUUAGAUUGCGGCCAUGUUAGUCGUACGGCCGAAGAAUUUUAUACAGUACGUUGCCAAGUCGCAGAUAUGCGAAAUUUACAAGAAUCUUUAGACGAGGUAACUGUCAAAGACACUUUAGAAGGUGAUAAUAUGUACACAUGCUCGCAGUGUGGAAAAAAAGUGAGAGCAGAAAAAAGAGCAUGCUUUAAAAAAUUACCUCAAAUUUUGUGUUUUAAUACUAUGCGAUACACUUUCAAUAUGUUGACAAUGCUAAAAGAGAAAGUAAACACACAUUUCUCUUUUCCAAUGCGGUUAGAUAUGUCGGAUUAUGUUGAAAAAACUCUGAUGCCUCAACAAUAUCAAGAGGAUAAAAGGCGAAAACGUGAGCGAAAGCUGAGUGAAAAAUUACUGAAAGAAGUUGAAAAAGAAAAUACUGAUUCAAAAAUGAAAAGCAAUGGAAUACCAGAUGAAAGUGAAGAUGAUGACGAUGAACAAAGUGGAUAUUAUGAAUACGAUUUGGUAGGAAUAACAGUUCAUACAGGAACUGCUGAUGGUGGCCACUAUUACAGUUUUAUCAAGGAAAGAAAUGAAACAAAUACUAUUCAACAACAGAAUAAUCCACAUCAUCAGGAGAAAUGGUUUUUAUUUAAUGAUGCGGAAGUCAAACCUUUCGAUCCAUCACAAAUCGCAUCUGAAUGCUUCGGUGGCGAAAUGACCAGCAAAACUUACGAUUCCGUUACCGAAAAAUAUUUAGAUUUUAGUUUUGAAAAAACAAAUUCAGCUUAUAUGCUCUUUUAUGAACGUCGAAUAUCAUUGGAUCGCAAACAAAGCCAUCAAAACACUGACUUUGUUAACUGUAAGGCAACAACAAGUACUGCUGCCGAUAAUCAAUCCAAUUCAAUUAUAGACAUACAACAUGAGACUGAAAAUAAUAAAUUAACCAACAUGCAAAAAGUUAAUAGUAAUUUAGGUGAAAAUGUUUGUGAUAUAGAUGUUAGCAAUAAAAGUAAUGAAAAUAAAGCAAACACAACUCAAUGUGGCAAUAGUAAUGCAAAUUCUAUAUUAAAUUCUAACCAAAUAUGCGGAUUAUCAUCGAUAGCAGUAACAGCAUCAACAUCAACAUCAUCAACAUCCUCGUCGUGUUCUUUAUCCCCAAGUACAUCGCAGCAGCAACAGCAACAACAAAAAUUACCUUUGUUACAAAGUAGUGAUAGAAAUGCCGUAAAUGACCCAAACAGAAUAACAUUAAGUAAAGAGCUAGAAGACUGGAUAUGGCAAGAUAAUAAACAAUUUUUGCAAGAUAAGAACAUAUUCGAACAUACAUAUUUUAAUUUUAUGUGGCAAAUAUGUGGUCACAUUCCGCAAACGCUAUUGAUGCAGACUGAUGUUACGUGUAUGGCAGCUCAGUUAUCUGUGUCAUUCUUUAUAGAAACUUUUAUUCACGCUAAAGAAAAACCAACGAUGGUAUUAUGGGUGGAGCUUUUGACAAAGCAAUUUAAUGCUAGUCAAGAAGCUUGUGAAUGGUUUUUAACACAUAUGUCAGCGGAACCAUGGUGGCCAGUUCAAGUAUUAAUUCAGUGCCCAAAUCAAAUGGUACGACAAAUGUUUCAACGUUUAGUUAUUCAUGUGAUUCAGCGAUUAAGGCCAUCUCAUUAUACUUUGUAUUUAAAAACUGAUUCUGGAGACGAUGGGAAAGAUAGUAUUGGAAAUCAUUCAUGUACAACAAAAUUCAUUAAAUCUUUAAUACAUCUGAUGGAGCAUGGAGCGAAACCCCAUCUUCGCCAUCUUUCAGAAUUUUUUGGGCUACUUUAUGAAUUUUCUAGAAUGGGAGACGAAGAAGCAUUAUUUUUGUUAAGAAUAAACGUUAUUCGCAGUGUUGCUGAUUUCUAUUUAGGAAAUAAAAACCAAGAUUGCCUCGAUUCUGGAUCUGGAGAUGAUGAAAAUUCCUCUGACGAAGCUCUUUCAAUUGAUAAAGCACGUCCAGCAUCUUUGGAUAAAAUGAUUGCUUUAGUAGCAUCACUUGUUGAAAGAUCCAGAGGGCCAGAUUUUCGUUUACACUUAUCACCCAAAGACUAUAAUGCCAUUGCUGGAGGAAAAGGAUUUCCAUUUCUUUACCAACAAAUUCGGGACAAUAUUAAUCCGCAUCAAACGAGACACUUGAUUCAUGCUUUAUGCCGUUGGGAUGAAAGAUUAGCAAAUCAAAUAAUAACUAUGCUUUUUGCAUCAGUCACUAAACAUACUGAGCUAUGUGGACCAUUUUUUAAACUUUUAACUUUAUUGACGGAAACCCAGGGGGGGCCGUCAGGGUUACCGUGUUUUUCUCAAUUAGUUCUUCAAAGAGUUUGGGAUGCAGCAGAAUAUUGUCCACAAUCAGCUUUGGAUUGGUUAGCUGUACAAGCACCUCGCAACAAAAUAAUACACGCAUGGAUUUUACAAAGUGCAGAAAGUUGGGUUGAGCAAUUUUUAAUGGCGCAUAAUAACUCCCGAGUUCGUAAUGCGGCUUCAUUUUUGCUUGUAUCACUUGUUCCAUCACAAUCUUUUCGCACUAAUUAUCGCUCUCAUUCUUUACAUAAAUUGGUUUCCAAUGCACAACACCGGGAGUUGAAUAGUGAUGCACAAAUUAUCUUACAUAAUAUAAUUAAUCUUCUUUUGAGAUUACUAAGAGCUGCGAGAGUAUAUACAGAUAUUGGAAUUCAUGGAACAGCGAAGCUCACGGCCUAUUUCACUUUAUUAACAUAUUGUAUGGUUACGAAAGUUGAAAAAUUAAUGUUAGGACCGUACAUGCGUGCAUUAUGGGAUUUAUUUCAUCCACGUUUGUCUGAACCAAGUGUGCCAGCACAUCAUAAUAAGCAUGCUUUGUUAGCAUUCUGGCACCAUGCAAUAACUGACUGCCCAGAAAACGCUCAAAUUGUGGCAAAUUGUCCUGAAAUAACCAGAAAUAUCGCAUUUAAUUAUAUAUUAGCUGACCACGAUGAUUCUGAAAUUGUGGCAUAUAACCGAGCAAUGUUACCAGCAUACUAUGGUUUAUUAAGACUAUGCUGCCAACAGAGUAGGGCUCUUACAAGGCAAUUAGCUGCGCAUCAAAAUUUACAAUGGGCAUUUAAAAAUAUAACACCACAUCCAACACAGUAUUCAGCAGCUGUUGAUGAAUUGUUUCGCUUGAUGACAUUAUUUGCAGCAAGGCAUCCAGACUCAUCUGAACAAGAACAACAUGAGAUCAAUAGUUUCCGUAGGACAACAUUGUCAGCUUACUUAUCCAGUUUAGACGGUAGAGUAUCUUGGGGAACGUUAAUAAGUGCACUAAGAAUUUUAGUUGAUAACGAUGAAGAUCGACUUUUUGUUGUAUACAAUGGAGGAAUUGAAAUGUGCUUUGACGCUCUGCACACUUUACAUUCCAUGUAUCAUGAAGCUACAGCAUGUCACGUGGCUGGUGAUUUACAAGAAUUAUUAACUGAAUUAUUAUUAUUAGUUAGUGCCCUACGCUUAAGCUGCCGUAUGUCAGAUGCAAAAACAAAAAUGCCACAGCAGCAACCACAACAGCCGAAAAACUCGCAAUUGCAAAAUUCUCAACAGCCGCAACAGCAAGCAUCUACGCAAUCGGCUUCUGCGAAUAGUGCAGUAUCCUUGGCCGCAAGUGCUAGUUUGACACCUAAUAUCAAAGGCUUACCUGAGGCUGUAAAACGUUUGGCAACUUUUCUGAACACGUAUAAUCCACCAGAAAUUCGUAAUCUAACAUUAGAUGUUCUGAAAGAAAUGGUCCGCAAUCCAAGUUUAGAUGUCACUAGCAUUUUAGCUCCAAUAUUCACACACUGUCAUUAUUCAGCACAAAAUUCGCCAAAUUCGAUUGGCCCUUUAGGACCGUAUUUUCCACGGCGUGGAGCUAAAACACCAUGGCCAACGGUAUCAAAAAAUACACCGAGACCCCCAAGGCCCAUGGUACAAAUGAGUAUACCACAGAAUCAAAUUAUCCAAAAGGGUAUCGAUAAGGAAUAUGAUUGUCAUUUGGAGGCUUUUUAUCGGCCGUAUCAUGAUUUUUUGGAUGUUAUGAUGCGAAUGGCUGUGAACACAAAUCAGUUAAAUGAAUUAUUAGUCAAACUAAGCUGUUUAGCUGCUAUAGAGGCUGCCCCAUUGCAUUUUAAUUUAUUUCCCAAAUUUUGGGUAGGAAUAUUUAGUAACAAAAGCACAAACAAAUAUGUCGAACUUUUAGUUAACACUCCAGUUUUAGUCGAAUAUGUUGAUAUAUUGUUAAGAGAUGAGAGAGUUUCGUUAAAUGAUCCGAUUAUUAGAAAUUUCUUAGAAAUUUAUUAUCCAAAAGUAGAAUCGGUAACAACACGUCUAGCAAUAUCACGUUUGCUAUAUGCUAUCAGCUACACAUUACACACGAAAGAUGAUUUAGAUGAUUUAUGCGGUGAUUUAUACGCAAUUCGAAUAAUUGCUCAGGCAACUGGAAUUCCUCUGUCUGUAAGAAAACAACUGAGAACUGCGUUAAAAGUAGCAUUGGUUAAGAAUCAAGUUGAGAUCUAUGAUAGAGCAGAAGAAUUAAUACCACCCAAAAAGAAAGUUAAAAUGUCACCAGUUGAAUCGUCAAGUAGUAGUAAUGCCGGUGCAAAAAUUGAACAAAAAGCAGAUGGUGAGCCUGAAAGUACAGUCUCUGAAGGAAAAACUUCAGGACAACUUUCUUCAGCCAAAAAAAAUGAUAAAGCUGAUAAUAAAGCUAAUGAAGAUAAUAUGAUAACAUCAUCACCAAAUGAUAAAAGUAGUAAACUUAAUCUAGAAAAUAGUACGGAAUCAAAGCAUAAUAAUAAUGCUGAUAGCCCUAUAUCACCAAUUGAAGAUCAACAUUCUUCACCGUCUGUUUCAGAGGAUGUAUUAAAACAAACUCUAAGUAAUAAAGAAGAAGAAAAUACAUCAGCCGCUAGAACGUCAACGCCACCAGCACCGAAUUCUGUGACUAAUAAAAGUAAAAUAAAUGAUAAAUAUAUUGAAGAAUUAGAAAAAGAAAAAUGUUAUUUGAAAACAAUUGAAAGUUUUAUAAAAGCUAUAUUAGAAUUAUUACAAGAUGAAGAUGAUGAAGAUUCAUCACAACCAUCAUCAUCUUCAUCUUCUUCAGGUUCGCAUAAUUCAUUUAGCGCACAAGCUAGCCCAUCGUUAAGGGCAUCCAAUUCUCCUAUUAUAUCUGUGACAUCAGCUACUGGAGCAGCGCCAUCUACACCAGUUGAAGAAUAAAAUAAUGCUGGAAGUUAUAGGAAAAAAACAAUGUGUGCGUUGAUAUAUAGCGGUGUUAUUUAAAACCGAACUUAAUCAAAAAUUAAUUCACAAUGUAAAAAUUAAAAAUUAUUUUUUAUAUUUUAAAUGAAAAUAUAAAAAUUAAAAAAAAAAAUUAUACAGGGUCACGAAAACCAAUUUAGACAUUGAGAAUUUUUGUACAGAAAGGAGUGUUAUUGGAUCACAAAAAAAAUGUUUAAAAAUAAUAAAAAGAAAACACUCUUAAUUUCUCAACUUAAAAUUAUUUUUAGUAAACAAUUUUUCACCUAACACAAUUGGUAGAAAACUGAAAAUUCAGAAAAUCGAAAAUGGCUCAGUGGAUCUAAGCGCAUUAAAUUUGUUUUAAACUAUUAUUGCUUCAGCUUCUUCUGUAUAUUACUUCAUAUAUAAAUUUAUUAAAAGUUAAAACAUUUAUUUUCCUAAUUUCAAUAGAACAGGUUUUUUUUUUCUUUUUGAUAACAUAUUCAAUAAUAUAUGACUGUGUAUAAUAAAAGUGAAUAUAAUUUUAAGAAAAUUACAUAAAAAAAGAAAGAAAGAAUUUCUUAAAAAUUUAUGUAUUUAUUGUUUUUUGAGUUAAUUUUUUUUUUCAUAAUUUUAAGAUUAGUAAGGUUCAUCCAAGUUUGUAAAACAUAAUUAAAAAAUUGAUCUAAUUAUUACAUUAUAUUAAACCUAUUAAUCCUGAAGCACUCCUUUAUUUAUAAUUCCUAUUAAUGAAAAAAAGUAAAUAAAAUUAAAAAGUAUAAUAAAAUAAAAAAA